UUAUUAUAAUAGAAUUCAAUAAAAUAUGUGAAUAUUGGUUUUGAAAUUCCGAGAAAACUGUGUUAACGUGUAUUUAAUUACAGCUUCAUUCUAUGCUAAUUCACGGUCAUAAUGGAGUCGUUGCAAGCCUUACAACAUUUCAUCAAAACUAACGACAAUUCACGUAACUUUGUAAAUAGUUCUGACGUGCCUAAUAUUUGUAAAUCUGAAGCAUGUAUGCUUGGAGUAGAUGAAGCUGGACGUGGGCCGGUUUUAGGACCAAUGGUAUAUGGAGUAGCAUACUGCCCAGUUAGUCAGAAGAAAGUUUUAGAGGAUCUUGGAUGUGCUGACUCCAAAGCAUUAACAGAGGAGAAAAGGGAUGAUAUAUUUACUAAAAUGUUGACUGAGGUGGAAUCUCUGGGAAAUGUGGGGUGGGCAGCUGAAAUCAUAUCACCUAAUUAUAUUUCAAAUUCUAUGUACAGAAGAGCCAAACAUUCCUUGAAUGAGGUGUCAAUGAACUCUGCAAUAGACCUGAUAAAGAAGGUAGCCGAGUCAGGAGCUAACAUCACAGAAGUGUAUGUGGACACUGUAGGCCCACCAGAGAAGUAUCAGGCUAGAUUGAGUGAAAUAUUCCCCAAGUAUAAGAUUACUGUAGCGAAAAAGGCCGACUCCAUCUAUCCCAUAGUGUCAGCAGCAAGUAUUGUUGCCAAGGUGACCAGGGACCAUGCUCUCAAAGUGUGGAAGUUCCAAGAGGGGCUCGAUAUGGACCACACUGAGUUUGGGAGCGGAUAUCCUGGAGAUCCGUUGACGAAGAAGUUUAUUCGUGAACAAAUAGACAAUGUGUUUGGCUAUCCUCUCCUCGUGAGGUUCAGCUGGUCUACGGCGGAGCUGAUGCUGCAAGAUAAGGCGGCAACCUGCACCUUUGAAGAGGUCGAUGACCCCACGGCUCCCAAGAAACGAAAUACCAAAUCCAUCAGUUCUUUCUUCGCCGCUAAGACUGAAAACGGGGAACCAAAGAAGCGAAAACGACACAAGUUCUUCGAAGAAAGGUACUUGACAAUAGGCAAUGCCUUUGAAUAAUAUAUGUAAUUAUGUACUCAUUAGCAUUCAUAAGCAUAAAUAAAAUGAACUUCCAAA